AAAUCUUGUGUGAAAUAAGGGUUUUUUGUUACCCCUCCUUUGUAACGCAACGCAGUUCUCUCUUCUUCUCACUCCGUAGAAGAGAGAGAAAUAUCCAUUCGAUACAAUAACCUAGCUAACCUCAAAAUCCAAUCCAAUCCAAUCCUUAUUCUUCUUCAAUUUUCUAUCUUUUUCUUCUUCUCUUUGAAUCGAUUCGGCGCCGCCGCUGAAUCAAUUUUUGAUUAAUUAAUUCAUCUAUUCGGUGAAGUUUGCAAGCAAUCAAUCUCUUUCAAGCGUUUUAGAUCGGUAUGCAGCAAGGUGAUCAAACAGUUCUUAGCUUGAGGCCUGGUGGUGGUCGAGGAAACAGGCUUCUCGCUCCUAGAUUCGAUUCUUCCUCUUCCAAUUCACCUGCUUUUGGUUCCUUUUCAUCUGAUCUUUCUCAUCUUCGUCCUAAUGCUGGUGCUUCUUCUCUCCUCGCUUUCAAGGUUGGAGAUUCGCAGUUCGAAAGCCGUGAGCGUGUGCGAUAUACCAAAGAAGAGCUUUUACAUAUUAGAGAGACUCUUGAGGAGACCCCUGAGGAUAUUUUAAAGCUCAGGCAUGAUAUUGAUGCUGAACUUUUUGGUGAAGAUCAAAGUUGGGGCCGUGUAGAAAACAAUCCCCCAACUCAAAUUCAAAACCGAUACUCUGAACCAGAUAACCGUGACUGGCGUGGCCGUUCUGCACAACCUCCUGCUAACGCAGAUGAGAGGUCUUGGGAUAAUAUCAAGGAAAAUAGAGAAUUUGGCAAUACUAGUCAGGUUAAUCGUCAAGACCAACCAAGGACUAACCAAGGGGGAGGACCUGCUCCUACUCUAGUCAAGGCUGAGGUACCAUGGUCUGCCAGAAGGGGAACUCUCUCUGACAAGGAUCGUGUCCUAAAGACUGUUAAAGGGAUACUAAACAAGUUGACUCCUGAAAAAUUUGAUCUCCUGAAGGGUCAAUUGAUCGAUUCUGGCAUUACAUCAGCUGACAUAUUGAAGGGAGUCAUUUCAUUGAUAUUUGAUAAGGCAGUGCUGGAACCAACAUUCUGCCCCAUGUAUGCUCAGCUGUGUUCUGAUCUUAAUGAGAAGCUGCCUUCAUUCCCAUCUGAAGAAUCUGGUGGGAAAGAAAUAACUUUUAAGAGAUUACUCUUGGAUAAUUGCCAGGAAGCUUUUGAAGGUGCUGGCAAACUGAGGGAAGAAUUGGCGCAGAUGACUUCCCCUGAGCAGGAGACAGAGCGACGUGACAAGGAUAGACUUGUCAAAAUUCGCACCCUUGGAAACAUCCGUUUAAUUGGUGAGCUGCUGAAGCAAAAAAUGGUUCCUGAAAGGAUUGUCCAUCACAUUGUUCAGGAGCUUUUGGGAGCUGCUGACAGCAAUGUGUGUCCGGCUGAGGAAAAUGUUGAAGCCAUAUGUCAUUUUUUCAACACUAUUGGCAAGCAGCUUGAUGAAAGCCCAAAAUCACGACGUAUAAAUGAUAUGUACUUUGGCCGGUUGAAAGAAUUGAGCACAAAUCCUCAACUUGCACCACGGAUGAAAUUCAUGGUUCGUGAUGUUAUUGAUCUGCGUGCUAGUAACUGGGUUCCACGACGUGAAGAGAUCAAGGCCAAAACCAUCAGUGAAAUCCAUGAUGAGGCAGAAAAGAAUCUUGGAUUGCGUCCAGGUGCCACUGCAGGUAUGAGAAACACCCGUGUUACUGGUGUUCAAGGUAACACGGGAGCUGGGGGCUUCCCCAUUGCCCGACCUGGUACAGGAGGUUUAAUGCCUGGGAUGCCGGGUGCAAGGAAGAUGCCUGGGAUGCCUGGUAUUGAUAAUGAUAACUGGGAGGUGCCUAGGACUAGAUCUAUGCCAAGAGGAGACAUGUCUGGCGCUCAAACUGGAGGACGUGGACAAUCUCCUUAUCUUUCCAAGCCAUCAGUCAUAAACUCAAAGUUACUGCCUCAAGGCAGUAGUGGUCUUAUAAGUGGGAAGAAUAGUGCCCUGGUGCUUGGAGGUGGUACUCCUUCUGCUCUACCAUCAAACAUUGUUUCAGGUACAGAGCCUGCACCUCAAAUCCCUUCACCUGUUAAACCUGUUUCUGCCGCAUCCCCUGAGAAGCCACAGGCCCCAGCUGUAAAGUUGAAUAUUGACGAUCUCCACCGCAAAACUGUCUCUCUUUUGGAAGAAUAUUUCAAUGUUCGGCUUUUGGACGAGGCAUUACAGUGUGUGGAGGAACUAAAAGCUCCGACUUAUCACCCAGAGGUUGUGAAGGAAGCCAUUUCCCUUGGACUAGAUAAAAGUCCACCACGUGUUGAACCUGUUGCCAAUCUUAUUGAGUAUCUGUUUACGAAGAAGAUUCUCACAGCUAGAGACAUAGGGACUGGAUGUUUGUUAUUUGCUUCUCUGCUGGAUGAUAUUGGCAUAGAUUUACCCAAAGCACCAAAUAACUUUGGUGAGAUAAUAGGGAAACUAGUUUUGUCCGCGGGUUUGGACUUUAAGGUGGUCAAAGAGAUCCUUAAGAAGGUGGGUGACGACUACUUCCAGAAAGCAAUAUUCAACUCUGCAGUACAGGUAAUUAGCUCUGCAUCCGGGCAAGCUGUGUUGGAUUCACAAGCAUCUGAUAUUGAGGCCUGCCAAGCUCUGUUUGAGUGAAUCGAAAGACUUCGCACAAGAAUACUGAUGUCUUUUUUGCUGGAUGAAUGUCUCUGCCUUGUUUCACUAGUUUCAAAUUCCCUUCUUUUUAUGCUCACUUUGAGUUAUUGAGCAUUUGUAUUACAGUAAGAAUAUUAAAGUGGAGCUUCCAGUCAGGUAAUUUCAUCAGUUGUAUAAUUUUUUGUUUUGUUUUGAUGUCGUAGAGUUGUUUAUUGAGGGAAAAGUUAAACCAUAAAGCUAAGGAUUUUGUUUUCCAGUUGGCUUAAUCAUAUGCCAAGUUUCUCCAAGAUAGUGGCCCAUCCCUUAGGGGUCCAAAUGUUUUGUAUUUCAUUAGUUGCCAUUUUUUCUUCUGAUUUUCUUGACGGAGUAAUUGUUAAACUGGUCAGUUCAUAAAUGUCAUUGUCGUUAUUUCUGCUA